AUGGAAUACAAGGUUCUGUAUCUUUUACUGAUAAUGCUGGCGAAAACAUUUGAGACAGCAUAUGGAACUCACAUCAACUCUUUCUGGUGUCAUCAGUUUACUACAUACGUAAUUGAUGAUGAUAAGACUUGCCUCGACAGAGCAGAUGUCGCUGCAAUUCAUUCUUCAUAUGUCAAUGAUGACCUUAAGUUUGUUUCAACUGAUGGGGAGCCAGUGGCGUUGUCUUUAGAGGCCUGUUCCUGUCGUGGAUCGCUUUACAUAAAAGAUGCAUGUUACACUAUGCCUGGCAUUUAUACACAGAAGUACGUAAAUGUGCACUCAUCAGGCCAGCUUGGAACAUUCAACUGCGGAAGUUUUUAUAUUUAUUCCGUAAGAUACUUGGACUCGUUGAUCAGAAAUGAUGCUGAUUUCUGUUUAGACGUGAAGUCAACUUGUAAGGAACUUAAUACUUCAGAAACAAAUAUAGACCGUAAUUUAAAAACUUGUUCGGAGGUUCAACCCAUCUUAAUGGAAUCAGAGGACGGCAGGCAGUUAGAACCAGUGUUUCUGUGCAUCUUUCCUCCAAUAGAUUCUGACGUAAUUUAUGACAUUUUUUGGUUCAUAAAUGACGAGGAAUUGACGGGGGCGAUAUCUACCGGUGUUUUAUAUACCGAUAUUAACAUGACUGCUCUCAGACCAUCUAACUGGACAAGGAACUACUCACUGAAUUUUGAAGUUACUUGUGCAGUGAAAGCAUUUAAAACAUCAACUUCAACAUUUGGUCCAAUGUACAGAAGUAUAAAGUUUUUUGCAGGAAUCAAGUCAGAUCAAAAUCCAUACUAUGUGAUAGAGGGAGUAACAUCGCAGAUUAAACUCACCAGCACUAUUCCGUUCAGCUGUCCUCUAUCUUUAAGUGAAGAAAUGCGAGAGGCGUUUUGUACGUAUUACUUUUUUGUUUGGACGCCAGCAGAGGACAGCUGUAGGAAUGGUAUGGCUAGUAAUGGGAUAGCCCUGACAAACCAGCCCUGUGGGGUGACGUUUAACUUUAGGGACUGGGGCAACAGAAGUGUUUAUAUCAAUGUAACGGGUUAUGUAGAUGGAAUGAUUAACUACAACGACAGGACAACGUAUCUACACAUAGCGUCGACAAAGAACCCCAUGGAUCCACUGGGAAUAUGGGACAAUUUGAAAGUUGAAAAGAUACAGGUUAAAAUAACCGAUAAAGAUAGAUUUGUGAGUGGUCGACAAUGCAUAUCUUCUAAUGACCCCCACAUGACAACAUUUGAUGGAAUUAACUGGGAAAACCAGAGAACCGGAAUAUUUAUACUGUAUCAACACAAGACAUUACCAUACACGGUACACGUAAUUUAUUCUGCUUGUAUGCCAUGGCGAGCAACAUGCAACUGUGGAGUUGCUGUAAGAAAUGGUUUGAGUUAUUACAUUGUGAGAACUUGUGAAAUGAUUUCCUUCGAAAAUACCAAACUCUUGUCUGUUCCAUUCGAAAAGAAACGUCUCUGUGAAGCAAAAGAUUUGGGAAUAGAAAAAUCGGGGCAAUAUUUUUCUGUUACAUUUCCAAGUGGAACACAGGUCUCGUUCUACAUCUCGUCUUGGAAUAACUUUAUCGGGAGUGUGAGGAUCCGGGCUUCUGUGUCAGACAUUGAUUCGUCUCUAGGUUUGUGUGGAUUAACUAAUGGCGAUACAUCUGAUGACUUCAUCUCAAAAGGCGGCAGCAGCCCCACUGACUCCACCACAUUUGCACUGUCAUGGAGAAUUCCAGUGGAUUCAAACGAAAGCCUUUUUUCGAGUAAUCCUUUAAUUCUUCAAGACACUUCGUGGAUAUAUAAUACAAACAACCCUUUAGUAAGUGGAAAGACUUAUUGCACGUGCGCUCGAAGUGAACCGGUAGACACCUACCAGUUUGUCUUAUCGACUGAGGCUCACUGUAACAUGACUUCGCCAAGUGAGCUGUGUGAGGAAGAGACCUCUCCUUUCAUAGUGAGCUAUUGUCCAAGUCUGUAUGAAGAUGAACGUAGAAAGAGGUCCACUGCUGAUACGGACAAUGUUGCACUGGACAGUGAAUUAACCUAUGAUCCAAAUUAUAAUGAGUCUGCCUUCAUAGAGGUGGCAGGAUGGAUAAAUGGUUGGAACGAAACAGCUGCAAGAAUGUUCUGUUUAAAACAAUUUGCCUUCGACCCCGCAGUAGAUGCAUGCAAAAGACUGGUCAAUAUUAGCACGGAUCUAUUUAUCAAUGAAUGUGUAGCUGACAUAAAGCUCUCUGGAAAUACUUCAUUUAUUGAAGACACUUUGAAUACAGUGAAAGGCGUUUGUCUUUCCGAGGCAACAAGGAAUGAAGCUUUUUACGUCAACCAAACAUCUGAAACCAAUGGAUUGUCCAUCUUUGAAUUUAUUUCUUCGUUUUUAUGUCAUCGUAACUGUUCAGGAAAUGGAGCUUGUGUGAAUGGCACCUGUUCCUGUCAUGAUGGCUAUGUCGGCUCAGACUGCUCUGGGGAGCUUUCUUCUCCCCCAGAAAAAUUUUUCCUCCCCUCUUAUGGAUUAUGUGAUAAAAGGUUUAGAGAAUGCCAUAAAACUAAUAUCAUGGGAUUCUUCCAUGCUGAAAACGUGACAGCGAAAUUUGCAUACUUCAAGGUUAAAGACACUGGUAUUCAAAAUUAUGCGUUUACUAAAACUCAAAGCACAACUUACCAUGAUUUCAACUUGAUCUCCGUACAAAUACCAGACGUGCCUAAUACAAACCGAAGAAAACGUUCAACAGAUGCUGACCAAACUGUUCACGGAUGGAACAUCUCUCUUAGUAAUGAUGGCAACACGUUCAGCAGUCAUGUAACCUUGUUGAUAUUCGAUGGUCUGAUGCACAAAUGUGACAUUCAAAAGCUUGUGUGCCAUUCCUUUAACGAUAUAUCGAGUUCCACGACCAAGAAUGGGACCACAUUACUGGCGAUCAUUGUCGGGGCAGUUACUGGAAUACUUGUUGUUGUCAUAGUAACAGCUGUCAGCAUAAUUGUCGUUAAAAACUCCAAACGAAAAAGUUCUGUUGAUGCCUUUUCCACUAUGCCGAAUAGCCGACUCGGCCCUGGUCGUCAUGGCAACUUUAGAGACCUUUCCAGAUACCAAUCUGAAGAACGUACUCCUAGAGAUACCCACAGCGUCAAUUCAUUCCCUGAAGAAACCUCAAGCACAUGUGAUUCACCAAACAUUAAUGUUUUUUUGAUCCCAGACUCACUUAACGAAUAUAGUAUUCCCCCAAUCAAAACUAACAUGUAAAAACUGAAGUACUACAGAAUUGUCGAUAUAUAUUGUUUGAUCUGGUAAACGCCUUUAUCAUAUUUUUUUCAAAUAGUAAUACAGUGUAAUCAAUCUGCUGUGGCCUCAAAUUUAGUAAUAAAUAUAAAUAUAUAUGGAUUCUAUUUUCUACCUUUAAUGGGAUAUCGUGAUACAUAGUGCUUAACCAUUUAAUUUUUAGUCCUUUAUAUUUAAAUUGAGUAUAGAUACAGUAAAACUGUAUUAAACUUUUUUAAUGAAGUCGAGAAUAUAUUUAGUUAAUGAAAUGCAUUGUAAAUGUUCUAAAAUGUUGAUAUACUUACUUGUUUUUCAAAUUUA